AGUUCUUUGCGCCUCACGCCCUCACUAUGGACGCGCCGCUGAAUCCUCCUGUGCGCAUACAGCCUCUUUCCAGCAGGCCGAUCACAACGAAAGCCGCGCAAAAGCGGCUCGACCUCUUCCUGAACGACUUCCAGGCACGCACCUCCGCGGCGCAGAGCGGGCAUACGGCCAUGACAGUGCAGGUGGAAAAGCUCAAGACCGCUCUCAAGGAGGAGAGGGAGGCGAUCAAGGAGCUGUCCAAAUAGUGAACUCAAUGGCCGCCGACAAAUCGUGCGACUGGGGGCUUGUCGACGUCGUGAUUCCGGCUGUCUGAUCAAGCGGUGGAAGUCGACGAAAUCGCUUUUUGCGACAGGUUGGGUUUUGAACAGUCGACCCGCCGACAACCAUUGCGGGGAUCAGGAUCCGAUACCUGUCGCCAGUGCAAUCUCAGGGAUCCCUACGGAUUGCUGUACCAUACACACUGUCUGCGCUCGAGGAAACAAUCAAUCUCGCUGGUUCAUGUCCGAUUCAUUUGGAAUGCACGUCAUCUGCACAGCAUUCACUGACGCCUACGCAAAGCGGCGAUGAGUUCCGUGCAUUGACGACUGGUAAAUGGCAGCAUACAGAUUUGAAUGGUUUAGACUGUUUAGUUGGUAGACAAACACGAUAUGCCCGAGCACACUGUUUCAUCCGAACGAUGUGCCUUGAGAGGACGUCUUGCUGGACAAAGCUGAGACCAGCCCCACACGCGGGUUGUGAAAAUCCGCUUGGUGCUGGAAGAUGAUCUGCACCCGUCCUGUCCUGCAAGUCGACGCGAGGUAAUUUCAGGCGGCCACCCGAAACGUUGAUGGCCGGGACUAUCUCCGGAUGAAUAACAGAACCGCUUUGAUUCGGUCACCCUGCCUCACACUUCUUCCUUCCGGCCAGCAGCUCCCGUGUUCUUUCCCGGCCAACACAUCAUGCCCUCCCCGCCCUCGUCACCGUCCACCGAGUCGUCCUCAAGGGAUCACGCCGCUGGACAUGGUCAGGAAAUGUCAGCGACGAGCAGCACAUUUCUCAUGUCCUCGCCAUCAAUGCCGUCAUCUUCAUCGCUCCCGCUCGCACGACCGGGAAAUGCCCGUGCAGACACGGCUCAGCCUCUGAGCUGGAUAUCACCCGAAGAUUUCGACUCGUCAACGAUGUUCGAGCCCCCACGAGCCCUGGCCGCCAACUCCGGCUCUUCCCGAUCGCAAACGCCGCCGUCCGCCUUCGGUCGGCCGAUGUCAUCAGGCGCCCGGUCGCGCGCGUCCUCUUUUGCCGGACUCAACGAGAACCUCUUCGCCGGCUUCAACCCUGAAAACCCACGCGCGUCGACGUCGCUCUCGAUCAACUACCUCCCGACCAAGUUCUCGGGUGCUAUCACGAGUGGGGGAGCGAAAGUGCGGCCGCGGAAGCGGAAGGCAGGGCUAAAGCGGAUACCGACGAUGGCCCGUGGGGGAGGCGUGGAUGCGUUCAAAAGAGGUGAGGCGCGGAUGCCUGAUGACCGGGACGAUUUGCAGCCGCACACCGGGAGGCACGGGCUCUUGGAUAAGACGGAUCCCCAUUCGAGGUGGACGAGAUUCAAGUGGAUUCUGUUCGCGACUAAUUCCUUGUACUCGCUACUGGCGCUCGUUGGAAUGAUCUGGUGCAUCCUCAUAUGGCUGGACAUCAUAGAUCAGUCGGACAUCGUCCGUGUCGCCAAUCGGCCCGAGCUGGCAUUUACGACGGCCGCGGCCUCCCUUGCUCUGUUCACAUGCAUAUUUGGCUGGGCAGGCGUUAUGCUCAACAACCGAUCCUUCCUCGCGCUCUAUACCUUCUUUCUAUGGAUCAGCCUCGCUUUCCUGGUGGUCCCAGGGUACCUGUCAUACAAGAAGUAUUCGCUUAAUCUGCAAGGCAAGCUCAACUUCCAGUGGUCCCAGUCGUUCGACGUCGAUGCUCGGCGGCGGAUCCAGAACGCUCUGAGCUGCUGUGGAUACUUCAGCCCCUUCGUUGAGGCGAGCAUCAGCUCCACAUGUUAUGCACGGUCGGUGCUGCCUGGGUGCCGGAGCACGUACUUCCGCUUUGAGCACAAGGUGUUGCGGUGGUGGUAUGUGUCGAUCUUCUCACUGUUCGGAUACAACGUCAUCGCUAUCGUGUCGGCGCUCCUGUGCUCGAACCACGUCACAUACCGUUUCGGCAAGGGCAUGACGCCCAAAGCUUACCGUCUGGACGCCGGCGCGGUUAUGGCCAUCAUGGAAAACUACAUCUCGAAUGUUGCCGAUGCGUAUGGUCCCGACGCAGCAACCCAAGCGUUGGCUCUCUCCCGCCAGUCCUCCACCGUAGAUCUCAGCGAUCUUGGGGUCCUCCUGCCCAUGGGCUUCGCACGAGAAGCAGACGGCAGUCUGCCCCGGACGAGAUAUGCCAGCAUCACUUCGACGACACCGGACACGGCCAUAUGAUGACGGUGACGGCUUUCUUUCUCCUCUUCAUAGUUAUUAGUUACCAUUCCAUCUAAUCUCCAUCUACACGGACCAAGCUGUAUCGGACUGCCUCACGUCGUGUUCCUCUCGUUACAUCCGCCGCUCGUUCUGACAUUUGCACAUAUCUCCGCGCUUAUAUGUUUGUGCGCCUUCUUUGUCUAUACGUACUUUUCGCUGCCGAAGUGCUAUGGAAUGCCCCCCGGCGUUCUCUCCCCGGUGUUGCCUACCACCAAUAUUUCCUUUUUGAGCCGAUCGGCGGAGUUUGCUCGACAUAAUCAAGUGAUCACGUCGUGCGUAAGUAUAGGACAUAGCUUAUUUACCUUCUGGUCCGUUAUGACAUGACCGCCGCUUGCACACAUCUCAUUUUGCUGUCCGACCUUCGUACUGCUCAUCUGCCAUUCAGUUCCGUGAAGCAUCUACCGUUGCGACGGUGGUGAUUCCGAUCACGAAUCAGGAUCGACGGACGACGCGCGGGGGCAACAUCAGCUGCAACAAGUUACAGGCAGCGCAUGGAUGGAUGGAUGGAUGGUUGUUCUUUCCGGAGACCUAUGUUCUUCGCAUGGUGAUCACUGCCUGUCUGGCAGCGCCUCCCAUCUUUCCCUUCUGAACUCACUCGCGCACGGUACGUGAGACGCAGAGUGGCUGGUCCAAUUUUGGUGUACUAUGCGCAAUCCGAUCUACAAUCCUCUGAUACUUCUCGCCACGCUCCUAGCCAACAAUGGCCUUGCUACCGCACGAUUCCGAUUAGGACAUGUGCUGGGAGGGCACGGUGUGCGGGAUGACACCCAGGCGCUCGCGGCGACGCCGUCGGUCGGCCAGUCCUCGACGACCUCGACCGGACUAUUUUUCUCCGCCUCGACGAUGUCUGUGCUCGCCUCGCUGCCGGCGACGUUGGCGGUAGCAGAGCCCUCGGUAUCAGUGACGUCUACGCCCUCCCUCGCAGCGACACCUGCGGGUGCAAAUAACAGCACAACCCCAGCGCCGACCUCGAGGUCCGCGCAACCGAAGCUGCUGCUGCUCGAGAUCAUUGUCCCAGUCGUUGCUGGGUGUGUGCUGCUGGGCCUGGCGCUGUUCGUCGUGUGCCGUCGCCGGCAACAGCGGGCGCAUCAGGAGAAGAUCCGAUGGGCAGGCAGCCGUCUGCCGGAAAUGAAUUCCUCGCCGACAGGGCUGUGGUCCUUCUGGGGCCCGUCCUCCUCCCCGCCCUCCUCCGCCGCCGCUGCCGCCCGUCCUCCGCCGAGCCCAGCCGUGCCCGUGCUGGCUGAGAAACCCGAUGUUAUUCCGGUGAGACCUCCGGCACCGAGGAUCGCAUUCGACUCGGGCGCUCGGAACCCCACUAUGGACGCCUUGCGCUCGGGGUGGCACGACGACGAAGACGAUCACGAGGAGCCGAAUGUGCCAGUGUCGAACCGCAGCUCGGAGGUCCCUUCGCGCUCUGAAGCGAGUGUAGUGAACAUGGCGGACCCCGUCGCGCUCGCGCCCGCCGAUGACUCUGAGUACCUGCACCCGGGAUGGGACGGAGACUCGGACAUCCAUCACCCUGAAAUGGCUGAGCGGGAGAUGGAUAUGGACAUGGACAUGCAUCUGCACCCGUACCACGCGAAUUCCUCGCCGGCUGUCGACCACGACGAGCCUGCGAUUGCGGAGUCGCGGCCGGUGACGAUGCUUCUGGAGGUCACGGGGCCUGCAGUAAGCUAGAGGGUCGUAGCGGGAGCACCAAGUAGCAUUUCAAGUAACUGUAUGUACGUAUCUGUAUUCGUC